AUGGUUAAAAUCAUAUAGGCUACUAAAUUGCUCAAAUCAAGACGUCUAUAAAGAUUAAAAUUAAGCAAAUUAUCGUUUUAAUCCAAAUAAAUUAGUGUGGAUAAUAAAUAAUAAGAAACUAAAUAAGUGUAAAUUAUAAAUGAAGAUUAAUUCAUCACUCAUAUUGAACCAAUUAAAUAAUUACUACCAUUUUAUUAAGGUGGCAAAAUAUAAAUAGUAAAUAAUGUGAUAUAUACUUGCUUUAAUUUUUGUGUUUAAUACCUAGAUAAAAAAAUCUAACAUAAUUAGGAAGAAAUAGCAAAUUUUUGUGUAAGUAACUUAAAUGAUUAUAUUGCAACAUUCACAAAGAAUUAUAUGCUCAGAUAUGUUAGAUUAAAUGAUCAUAUUACUUAAUUUACAAUUAAAACAGAUCCAUUAUUUGCUAUUGACAUGUAAUUUAGUCCUGAAGAUGUAUAUUUAGCUUUAGGUGGUACAAAUUGUAUGGUUAAAAUAAUAAAUGUGAAAAAAAACUAAUAGAGUACAGAAUUUAGAGUAAGUGGAAGUGUUCUUAAAUUAUAAUGGAUUCCUAUUAUGAGAAAAUUAUAAGUUGCAAUUGCUACAGAUGAUAGACGCAUUUCAUUAUUUGAUUUAGUAGCUAAUAGAAUACUAUGUGCUUUUGUAGAUUUCAACAGUAGAAUUACUCAUAUCUAAUUUAAUUAACAUAUAUUGAUAUCAAGUUGUAAUAAAUACAUUAAAUUUUGGGAUACAAGUGUAUAAAAGUUGACAGAAACAAUAGAAUUUGAUAUAGAAAUUGAAACCUUCAUUUAUUUCAAAAAUACAUUAAUAAUUGGUACUGAAUCUGGAGAUUUACAUACUAAAUAACAAAAUAAAAAAAUUAUAAUAGAUUCACAAUUAAAUGGAUAAUAAAUAUUGAAGUUUAUGACUUGUAAUGAAAAAUUGUAUAUUGUCACAAGUGAACUACAUAUCUACAUUACUGAAUUAGUAUCUGGUCAAAUAUAAUAAUAAAAACUAUUGUUAGGAUAUAAUGAUGAGAUUCUUCAUGCAAAGUUUAUAAAAAAUAAUUAGUUACUAUUGGCUACGAAUUCACCAUUUAUGAAGUAUGAUAAUAAAUUUAUAAAUUAGGAUAUUAAAUUUAGAUAAUAUGGAUGUUAUAGUUUGGAAAGCUCAUUACAGUGUUAUUAUGUGUUGUGAAUUUAUAGAUGAUUUAAUAGUAACAGCUUCUAAAGAUAAUUGUGUUAUUAUAUUCAAAUAUAAAGGAUUUAAAUAACCUAAGGAAUUACAUAAAUAUAGUGGACAUUCUGAUGAUGUUAUAUGUAUAGAUGUGAAUUCUAAAUAUAUUGCCUCUGUUUCAAAAGAUAAAACUCUUAAAUUAUGGGAUUUAAAGAAUUAUUAAUCUGAAUAAUCAAUUAAAACUGUUGUUGCUCAUGAAAAAGAGAUGAAUUGUGUUCGAUUCUCACCUAAUAAUAAAUUAAUUGCUACAUCCUCUUAAGAUAGAUUGAUUAAAUUAUGGGAUGAAAAUUUAAUGAAUAAAAUGAUUCUUAAAGGUCAUAAAAGAGGAGUAUGGGACUUAUAAUUUUCUCCAAUAGAAAAAAUAUUAGCUUCAGCUAGUGGAGAUAAUACUAUUAAGCUUUGGAAUCUCAGCGAUGGUUCAAUAAUAAAAUCAUUUUAAGGAAUUGCUCCUCAAUUAAAAGUAGCUUGGCUGGCUAGAGGAUCAGAAUUAAUAAGCACUGAUUCAAUUGGAAAUAUAAAAUUAUGGAAUGUAAAAAAAUAAAUAUGCAUUAAUACUUUCUCUUAACAUACUGGUAAAAUAUAUGCUUUAGAUAUUAAAAGAGAAAAUUAAGAUGUUUAUAUCGUUACUGGAGCUAAUGAUUCAAAUUUAAUCCUAUGGAAAGAUAAAACAGAAUAAGUAACUUAAUAAUAAUAAUUACAAUAACAUGAAAUUAAAAUAAAAUUACAAACUUUUCAAGAUCUAAUGAGAGAUAAACUAUUUUUAGAUGCAGCUUUUCUAGCAUUUUAGAAUAAUUAUAUAAAACAUUUUAUAUAAGCUGUUACUCAAAUUUAUAAGUAUAUAUUAUUUAUAUUUAAGACAAGAAGAUUAUGAUAAUGUUAUAUCUCUAUUAUCCUAAAAAAUAGCAAAAGAAGAUCUAUUAAAAUUCUUAUAAUUAUUGAUAACAUUAAAUUAAAGCAAAAAAACAUAUUAAGCAGCUUAACAUUUAUUUUUUUAUUCAAUUAAACUGAUAAAUGUAAAUGAAUUUAAGGAUGAAAAAAGAGAGUUAGUGAAAAAAUUGUUGUAAUAAUUAAAAUAUUUGACAUCAAAAUGUUUUGAUAGAUUAGAAAGUAAUUAUUCUUCUUAGUUUCUAAUAAAAUUCAUGAUAGAUAAGUCUAAAAUUGUUGUAUGA